UGUUACUGUUCUUUGAAGACACGUCAACGUUUCAACCACGGUCCACGGAAUCCUCACUCUCGAUGUACCCUAACGCCCAAGAGCAGGGUGCUCUGAAAACUGCUGAAAACCUCAUGAAUGAAAUUAUGGCGCGUUAUGAUCCAUCUCACGACGCCUUUCAUGUACAGCGCGUGCGCAAAACAGCCAUCUCAAUAGCCCGAGCUCUUUCCGCCCAGCAACCUGAUUUACUAGUCGUGGAAUUAGCAGCUCUACUUCACGACGUUUUGGACAAGAAAUAUGUAUCAGAAUCCGAAGCAGCAGACCCAUAUGGAUAUUUUCUUCCUUUCUUCCAAUCUUUAUCUUCGGAGCAUGGGGUAGACCUGAUUAGCGAUGGCCGGGCGCGUCAGAUCGUAAAGGUCAUAGAGAAUGUCUCGUGGACAACUGAGAAGAAACUAAGGUCGACAGGAAAGAUCGAGGAGUGGCAUCGCACGUGUAUCGAACUUCAUUGUGUACAAGAUGCAGACAGACUUGAUGCGAUAGGAGCGUUUGGAAUCAUGCGGUGUGCUGCGUAUAGCGCUGCCGUAAAUCGCCCACUCCAUGCACCUCCAGGUCGUCUCGACACUGCGGUACAGCACUUCUAUGACAAACUCCUACACAUCCAGGAAAGGCUAAAGACAGAGCCAGGGAAACAGAUGGGCGCAAAGCGACACCAAUUUAUGGUCGAUUUUUUGAAUUCCGUGGAACACGAAUACAAUGCAGAAGCACCCGAAGUCGCCCGGUGACCCUGCGUAAUGAAAACACGUUGCAUUCUUGGCAUUUCAAAGAAUACUGCCUGCACAUGGCAAUCCUCGAAGAAUAGAUGAAAUAUAGAUAGCUGCUCCUAUUCGAGACACUUUGAAUUCACUCCAUGAUUAAAAAUUAA